AUGAGUGUUCAUACUUCAGAGUCGAUGAUGAGCUCAGACGAUGACAAGAUGCUACAACGGACAAAUUCCUCUGAUGCAUUCAGAUCAAAUCAUGACGAUUCUUUUUGUUACCGUCUUCAGGCCGAGAUCCUAAAAGCCUCACCGUAUUCUGGAAUAGGGGAAUGUGUACCGAACCCUGGAGGAAGUCAUCAUCCCCAUUUAGAAGAUGUGUUAGGAAGAACGUGUCUACAUUAUGCUGCUCAGACGAAAGAGCUACAUCGAGCCUUCGGCAACGAAGAAGCUGUGGGGGAUUUUUGGGCUGAGCUAUUGGAGCACUUCGGCGACAAACUGACAGCCUGUGAUAAUGAGGGCCGUACCGCCCUUUCUUGGGCAGCAGAAGCUGGAAACAGUUCCGCUAUAAGUAAUUUGCUUGGCUCAUUUAAGCAACCUGACCACACUCAUCUGUUCUAUGACGACAAAGACAAGAAAGGAAACACCCCCCUAUUUUACCUGCUUCAAUUCCGGAAAGACCAGCCCAGAAGGGACGGUAAACGCCCCACAAAUGAUUAUGACGUCUCUGCCAUUGCAGAAAAAGAAAAUUGGCUUGUUGGACGGCUUAUCUGGGAAAUAGAAUGGCAUAGUUGGAGUGGAUUUGUGUCGGAGCACUUAGAGGAGUCUUUCCUUUCUCAGGGCCCACUUCCUCCUCACUACUUUGGUAAAGAGGUCUUGAACAAAAGGUUUAAUGGGCAGACUUUGUUAUCCCGCGCCGUGGAGUUUAAGGACUACAGUUUCGUUCACGUUUUGUCCCUCGUCGAUGGAAUUGACGUGACAAAGGUAGAUGUUGAUGAGAACGGCGUGAAAGGGAAAUCUCCUUUGCUACACGCUAUAGACAAUGGCGACAAGGAUAUGGUCAAAUUAUUGAAAUGGAAUGCUUUGAGAGGUCCUGAGAAAGACCUUUCAACGCUGCUUGAUUCAUUUAUCGACAAAAGCAAAAAUGAAUCUAAAGAAUCAGUGGAGCGUCUUGAGAGUCUUCUCGAUUUGCAGGCUCUGAGAGAGGUUGGUGACCUGGAAGAGGAGGGAGUGGUGACGGAAGACAUUGAAAUUGGAAGACAGGAAGAGGAAGACCCGACAAGAGCAUACCUUGUCAAAGUUCUUCGAUGCUCCUGGAAGCUGAAAGCACUGCCUAUGGUUCAAUUUCUUCUUGAAAAUGGCGCUUCACCACGGCCUCUGCAGCUCACGAAAAAGGCCUGGUUUGAAUUCAUAGACUCAAACCCCCACCUGGAAGAUAAAUCAAGACUGAGGAAGUUUUUACAGCUGACUGAGGUUGUGAGGGAAGGUAAUACUUUACACAUCCUCCGCACGCCGGAAACUAUACCGGAAACAAUACGAGAGCAUGUGAGAGGAGAUAAACGCAGCCAGAUGAGUGUGAAAGCCUGCCAGGAAGUUGAAUUCGCACGAUCCAGAAACCAAUACGGAUUUCAUGAGGUCAAACUGCACGACGAUGAGGUCGUUUGCAAGAUGCUUAUAAGGUUUCCUAAUGAAACAGACAUCUUCACAAAGCAAGGGAGGUCGCUUGAGGAAAUGGAAGACCCCAAAUGUACAACUCGAUGGAUUCAAUGGACUACAUCGAGAAACGGCUUUGUUUGCUACGAAAGCACACUUUCUUCAGGCCAGAUUCCGGGAUCAAGUUACGCUUUCGUAAAAGAUCUCAUAUCUGAUAUAGAAGAUGGGUGGAUGCAGAUUUUCAACACGGCAGAAGAUCGCCUGAAUACAAAUACUACGGACUAUCAAAGACGUGAUCAAAGUCGUGAGUUAGUUAGAUAUUUUGCCACGGAACGAAAAUUCUUUGCAAUACUCCGGCAAGCCCUCCGCCAACAUUUAGGGUCGACGUUGCGGUUGAUCAAAGAAAGUCAUUCAAAGACUCAAGAGCUUCUUGAGAAAGAAGAUAUUGAGGACCCGAAUGAAGUGACAGCCGCCCUAGAGAAUGCGAGAAGACUUCUCAAUGAGCAUUUAGAAAGGCAAAUCCAAGACAUUCGUGACUCAGUUCAGGUGGAGCUUGCUGAAAUAUCUGUUGGAGAGACUAUCUUCAUGAGAAGAAUUGGUCUAGUCACGAGCCUUUUUGGAAUGAAUGUCAAUGCUUUACAGAACAAUCCUGACUGGAAAUGGUAUUUGCUUUUUUGCGCUGGACUACUCAUGUUCACAUAUGCGCUCUGGGUGGUCUCAGACCCAGAAAGCCAGGCCACGGGAAUUGAAUGUGGUCGAAAUUUUAUGUGGACGCCGUCGACAGAGAAAAGUGCAAUGGGAAGCUUGAUUACUCCUAAUUUCAGCUAG